AUGGCAAUACCAAUUAUUAAUUUAUGGCAUUCACAUUCAAAUGGAAAAUCAGGACUUAGAAUUAUAUAUACGCCAGAUUAGAAUGAUGAUCUAAGUUAUGAUGAUCAAAAAACUCAGAUUAAAUAUACACUGUUAUAUCUAAUUCAAUUUCAUUAAAUCAAACAAUUUAGUUGGUUUUAUUAUACCUCAAUAAAUAUAAAUAGGUUCAUUUUAUAUGUUAUAAUCUAUUAUAAAUAAAUUUCAAAAUAUAUUAAUUAAAAUAUAGAAUUUUAUUUCCAGAUUGUAUAAAUGACAAUCCUAAAUAGAAAUAAAUAUUACAAUCUAAAAUAGAAAAGAUUAAUGGAAUACUACCUCCUGUUUUAAGAUGAUACCAACAAUGAGAAAUAUUUCGUAUCUUAAAUUUAAUACUACUGCUUUAUUCAUAAAUAAUAACACAUAAGAAAAUUAUAAAAUAAAAUAAGUUGCUAUAAAAUAUCAGAGAUGAAUUGUAAAUAUGAUGAUUUUUAUUAUUAUAGUUGUUUUUCAAUAUACAUAUAAAAAAUGA